CUUACACUUGAUAGCUGGUGGGCGGAACGCUCCCCUCCUUGUUUCUAUUGACACAGAUGGUUUUCGAAACUUCACGUUUUCCGUAUAUGACGGAGCAUACGGAAAUGUAUCCGAUGUGUUCUCUGUCCCGAAUGCUAUGAUAAACACGAUGGUCCGUCUAAUAAGCACCAGCAAUCCACUCUAUUCUCAAUGUGAGAAGAAAAAGGAUCAACAUUCUUAUGUCCUCGCCCAAUCUUCCCGCAUCAGCACCUUUAAACUUCACCCGCGGGUUUGCCUGUCAUACCCGAGAUCGACUUCAUGGAUCCUGUUCAUGGUCCUCGGCGGCUCCGUCCUGCUCAGUUGUUACGUCCUCGUCGCGUUUACCUCCAUGUGGAACCGGGACAGCUACACGACGUCCUUCCCCGAGGUGGAUUUUGCCGCUGGAUACGUGGGUGGUGGCGGCGAUCAUCACCAGGCGGACAUUGUUUCGCGAUUGCAGGGAGAGGUGGUAGAUAGCAUGGCGCGGCUACGACAUUUCGGAUCGUGAGUGGGCGGCGGAGGUGAGAUGAGGUGGACGAAGAUUCUAUGAUCACAAUUUAGGGCGUUCAUUUGGGUUGCAAGCGAGCCAGAGGUUGGGGGCGGAUUUU